AUGGCAUCUGCGAUAUCAUAUACCGGUGAAAAUUCCGGGUUUCAAGUGGGGCAGAACAAUGGUCACAUCACCGCUCAGUUCCCACAACCAGAAACAUCGUUGAAUCAAGCGUGCCUACGGGAUUUGCGGACGACCAAUCCCGGCGAUGACAAAGAACGUAUUAGAGCCACCAACGGAGGGCUGCUCAAAGAGUCAUACUACUGGAUCUUGGAUAACGAGCAAUUUAAACAAUGGCAGGAAAACCAAACUAACCGUCUGCUCUGGAUCAGAGGUGAUCCCGGAAAAGGCAAGACAAUGCUCCUGUACGAUAACACGGCCAAAUAA